AUGAAUGCGAUAGAUUCCGCCAAGAUUUUGGAAUCGUCCCCUGCGGAAGUAACCCUGCUUAAAUUAAAGUACUUCGAAGAUAGGAACACGGUCGUGCAAGCUCGCAAUGCGAAUCUAAUUACGGAAAAUAAUGCACUCAACGAGCAGCUUCAAGGAGAAAUGGCGAAGAGGAAGGAACUCGAGGAGAAACUGGCGAUCCUCCAAAAAGGUUUCUCCGAAGCCCAGAAAAAGCUCGAGGGAGAGAGGAACCGAAACACGAAAGAAGAGCCAAAAAUCUGGAAAGAUACGGAAACAACCACGGAAGGUCUCAACCAUACUCGAGAUCGCGGAAUUCAAGAAUGGGCGGUCUGCAACGCUUGCCAAAAGAUAUUGGAAGGACUUGGCAAACAGGAGCCGACUGUCACUAUCACGAAGUCCGAACUAGAAAAUCUGGAAAAAGACAUGCAGACUCUAAGAGACGCUAUGGUGUCGAGAGAAGAAGCUUGGGAGAAAGCCAUGGAAAGGGAACAGAAUUAUCGUCACCAUCUGGCUCGUCUCUCGGCAGAAGCAAUUACCAGUCGACAUCUUCUGGAAUCUCGUAUAAACGAGCUCAAAAGUGUGACAUUGGAUCUCAAAUCGAAAGAAGCGGACCUAAGGACCAUUCAAAAGGAGAUGACUAUACUAAAGAAAAUAAUCAUUAAGCUGGACAAUCGGCACAGGGAUAUUGAAGAGAAUUUCGACGUAAGCCACGUGAGCAACAAUUUAAGUGAAAAGGAUCAAAAAGUAAUUGAAGAUAUCGUACACAAUCACUUAGCGCAGAAGAAGCCAAAAUUAAAGACCAGAGCCCAUAAUGGAGAAUGUCCUUCGAUUGUGGAGACCUUUAACACACAAAACAGUCCUCGUGUAACAAAACUUCUAGUUUCUGAAAGAGAGACCUUAAGCGUGGCAAAAGGUCUCCAUUAAAAAAAAAAAACAAUUGUAUAUCUUGCGCAACUAAAAAGGACGCCCAAGUUAGAGGAAUGCAUCCUUACGUGUCUAAAGAGUGAUUUAAAAUAAUUUCAAGAUUACUGCGUCCAAUGAAAAAAACAGAAAAAUCUUCUCAUAUGCGAAGAUCCGUUUUGCGUUUUAUGUCAAAGAAGUACUUCGUGAAGAACGUUGAAAAUUAUUUGUAGGUAUCCGCGAAUACAUGUAAAGAAUUAUAUGGUAACAUGGAAGUUAUAAAUGUACGAAUCAAGCCGUCUGUCAUUUCCUAUCUGCACAACAUAAUGAGAACUUUACUUUUUGCGUAUACAAUUAAAUCAGGACUCCACAAAAAUCUACUUUCGCCCUGCAAAAAGAGCGGUACUUAUUAUAUCAAAUAAAUGCUUAAUUUUUGGUCUCAAAA